AUGUCCUCAGAUCCCUUGCAGCAAGUUUGUGAUUUAAUAAAGGGAGAUCUAUCACUUGAAAGAGUACGAGAUAUUAAGGAACAAUUGUUAAAGGAAAAAUCCAUUGUAGAGUACCAAUUAAAUAAAGAAUCAGAUAAAUACUAUGGUGGAGUCGAAGAAUCUCUCAAACUGCUGAACUUAUCCAAAAAUUCGGUCACUUCAAUCAAACAACAAAUCAAUGAAGUUAACAAAUUGGGUAAUGAUAACCGAUUUGCAAUUAAUCGUUAUGAUAUACUUUUUCGGGCCACAAAACUCUAUGAAACGAUCAAUACGACAUCCUCUAUUUACGAUCGAAUAUAUAAUUUUGUUGCAUUGAUGGAGCAUAUAGAAAGACUAUUAGUGGCGGAAUUAGCGGAAGAUGCGUUGGAGACUGGCUGUCCUCAUCUUUUGGAAAUUCAUUUCCUAUUAACCUCAGCACGGGACUUCCAAGAGCAGGUUGUCGUUAUGGCUAAAGAAGCAACCGAAGAUGCACAACGUACAGUCAUGAAACUUUUUUCAAGAUUGUCAGGAAUAAUAUCCAAAUUUGAUAAAUUGCUGGACGGAUUAACUUAUGAUAUUGUAGAAAUGGCCAGAGCAGAGCAAAUAUCCUUAGCAAUUCGACUCUUCAAAAUUUAUGACCUAGAAGAGAGGGAAGAUUUGAGAAUUGAAGCUAUUAGAAACAUCAUCAAGAAGAAAGAAAUUGAAAUUGAAAAAACUUCAAUAAAGAAACUUCCAAAUAGCAAAAAUACUGCAAGGUUACAAGACGAGACACCCAAAGUUAUAGAAUACCCGACAAACAAGGGAUUAUAUCAAGAAAUAAUGAGCGGUACAAUCUCAACGAGAACAUCACCUCGUGGUUAUAAGCAUUUCUUAAUAAAUGGUAUAAAUAACUCUAUUUCUGAAAUGUUUGGUGAAAUGAAAGAAAAAUAUGUUGGUGAUCAAAAAUUUGAUGUUCUUGAUAACAUGGAUUGGGUUUUCAACGAAUUGAUUAUUGUAAAGGAACAUAUUGCAAACUGCUGUCCGCCACAUUGGAACAUAUUUGAGGUAUACUUUAACCAAUACUACAAGGAAUUACAUUCAUUGAUUACAGAUCUCGUGGAAUCUGAACCCGAAACAAUUAUCAUUCUAGAUAUUCUUGCGUUCGAUAAGACAUUUCAGGACACUCUUAAGCAAGAUUUUGGUUUUACCAAGAGCGAAGUCAAAUCUGUUAUCGGCGAUAAAGAAAAGGAAACACUAUUUAAAGACUAUUUGAAUUUGAUUGUGGUUAAAAUGACCGAAUGGAUCGGUAAUUUGGAAAAAGCAGAAUUUGAUGUAUUCUUGGAAAGAAGCACGCCACCACAUUCUGAUUCAGAUGGGUUACUUUUUCUUGAUGGUACUAAAACCUGCUUCCAAAUGUUUACACAGCAAGUGGAAGUGGCAGCAGGUACUAAUCAGGCCAAGAUACUUGUUGGUGUAGUUGAAAGAUUCAGUGACCUGCUAACAAAGAGACAAAAAAAUUGGAUUUCCAAAAUAAGUGGAGAAAUCAAAAAGCAAAUCAAUUACAAUCAUAAAUAUGAUAUAGAUCCAGAGAGUAUAACUCCGGAAGAUGAGUGUCCAGGAGGUUUGGUGGAAUAUUUAAUUGCAGUGUCAAACGACCAAAUGAAAGCUGCGGACUACGCCGUUGCGAUUUCAUCCAAAUAUGGUAAACUUGUCUCUAAAGCUUAUGAAAAGCAAAUUACAAAUCACUUGGAGGGCACUUUAGAUGGGUUCGCUGAAGUUGCUCAAUGCAGUUCUUUAGGCUUAAUCACAUUAAUGUUCGAUGACUUGAGAAAACCCUAUCAAGAGAUUUUUAGCAAGACUUGGUAUAUGGGAAGUCAAGCCCAGCAAAUCGCAGACACGCUCGAUGAAUAUCUCUUGGAUAUCAGGCCUCAGAUGAACUCUGUGUUGUUUGUUAACUUCAUAGAUAAUGUUAUUGGUGAAACAAUUAUAAAGUUCUUGACCGCCUUAUCGUUCGAACAUUCAUUCAAGAGCAAAAACAAUAAGUUUUUAGAGGCAAUGAAGAGGGAUUUUGAAAUUUUUUAUCAACUCUUUGUCAAAGUGCUGGAUGGUAAUGAAAGUAAGGAUACGCUAAUCACACAGAACUUUACUGUCAUGGAGUUCUUCAUGGAUCUAAGCUGUGAGCCGGUAGAUAGCAUAUUGGAUAUUUGGCAAAAGUAUCUUGAAGUAUACUGGGACUCACGCAUAGAUUUGCUUGUAGGAAUAUUGAAGUGCAGGAAGGACGUGAGUAGCUCAGAAAGAAAGAAGAUCAUACAACAGGCUACGGAAAUGUUACAUGAUUACCGCCGUAACAUGGAGGCCAACGGCGUAGAUCGUGAGCCUACUUUGAUGAGGCGGUUUGCGUUGGAAUUCGAAAAGCAAUAA